UCUGAAUCCAGGUCUUUUAUUGGAGGAAAAAAGUUCACAACGUCACUCAAAUCCCAGGACUUGCCAGAUGGUCAGGUUUUUGUGGAGUCUCCUGAACGCUCGGGGUCAGGUGGGAAGGAUUCGGGCGCGGCGCCCGCGGACGUGAAGCCGGAACUCCGGUCCUCCGCCCAUUGGUUGGCAUUUCGACCCCUGCUGGGGACUCUUUGCUGCCCGCGUGGCCGCGCCCUCCCGGAACUGGCAGGCGCCGCGGCGGUUCGAGCCAUGGAGGUCCUUCCCGCGGUCAGGACGUGGGACCCGCAGCAAUCCGAGGAGGCGACGGGGCACCCGGCGGACGAGGGCGACCCGGAGCCGCAGCCGGACGGCCGCGUGAGCCGCACCGCGUCCCUAGUGAGCGGGUUGCUCACCGAGCUCUACAGCUGCACCGAGGAGGAGGAGGUGGCAGCCGGCGGGGACCGUGCGUCCCAGGGCCGCCUCCCGCGCAGGGACAGCCUGGACAGCUCCACCGAGACCUCGGGUUCCGACGCAUUCCUGGGCGGCCGCGGCGCUGGCGACUCCCGAGUGCUGCAGGAGCUGCGGGAGCGACCAAGCCUGCGGCUCCAGAUGCAGUACCUGCAGCGGAAAGACUCCAGUGAGCUGAAGACGGUUCUUCGAGAGCUAAAGUACAGGAUUGGCAUCCAGUCUGCAAAGUUACUCCGGCAGCUGAAGCAGAAAGACAGGCUUCUGCAUAAAGUUCAGAAGAACUGCGACAUUGUGACAGCGUGCCUGCAGGCUGUGUCACAGAAGAGAAGAGUUGAUACAAAAUUGAAGUUCACACUUGAGCCUUCUUUGGGUCAAAAUGGUUUUCAGCAGUGGUAUGACGCUCUCAAGGCUGUGGCCAGACUGUCAACGGGGAUCCCCAAGGAAUGGAGGCGAAAGGUUUGGUUGACCUUGGCGGAUCAUUAUCUGCACAGUAUAGCCAUCGACUGGGACAAAACCAUGCGCUUCACUUUCAACGAGAGAAGCAACCCUGAUGACGACUCCAUGGGAAUUCAGAUCGUCAAGGAUCUGCAUCGCACGGGCUGUAGUUCCUACUGUGGCCAGGAGGCGGAGCAAGACAGGGUGGUACUAAAGCGGGUGCUAUUGGCUUACGCCCGGUGGAACAAAAACGUCGGGUACUGCCAAGGCUUCAACAUCCUGGCUGCCCUCAUUCUAGAAGUGAUGGAGGGCAACGAGGGGGACGCGCUGAAGAUUAUGAUUUACCUGAUUGAUAAGGUACUCCCUGAAAGCUACUUUGUCAAUAAUCUCCGGGCACUGUCUGUGGAUAUGGCUGUCUUCAGAGAUCUCUUGAGACUGAAGCUCCCUGAGCUGUCUCAGCACCUCGACACUCUUCAGAGAACGGCGAACAAAGAGAGCGGAGGCGGAUACGAGCCCCCGCUCACCAACGUCUUCACGAUGCAGUGGUUCCUCACGCUCUUUGCCACGUGCCUCCCGAACCACACGGUUCUGAAGAUCUGGGACUCCGUGUUCUUCGAAGGUUCAGAGAUCAUCCUGAGGGUGUCGCUGGCUAUCUGGGCAAAACUGGGAGAGCAGAUAGAAUGUUGUGAGACAGCAGAUGAAUUCUACGGCACCAUGGGGCGCCUCACCCAGGAGAUGCUGGAGCAUGAUCUGCUGCAGAGCCAUGAACUCAUGCAGACGGUUUAUUCGAUGGCCCCGUUCCCGUUCCCGCAGUUGGCAGAGUUGAGGGAAAAGUACACCUACAACAUCACACCAUUUCCAGCCACAAUGAAGCCCACUUCAGUUUCUGGGCGACACAGUAAGGCCAGAGAUAGUGACGAUGAGAACGGCCCAGAUGAUGAGGAUGCUGUCGCGAGUGCCAUGGGGUGCCUUGGACCGCUCAGUGGGCUCCUGGCACCUGAACUGCAGAAGUACCAAAAGCAGAUUAAAGAAGCAACUGAGGAACAGACCCCGAGAUCAAACAACAUCGCAGAGCUGAGCCCGGGAGCGAUCAAUUCUUGUCGGAGUGAGUACCACGCAGCGUUUAACAGUAUGAUGAUGGAGCGGAUGACCACGGACAUCAACGCCCUGAAGCGACAGUACUCCCGAAUUAGGAAGAAGCAGCAGCAGCAGCUCCAUCAGGUGUACAUAAGGGCAGACAAAGGGCCAGUGACCAGUAUCCUCCCAUCGCAGGCAAAUAGUUCUCCAGUGAUCAACCAUCUUCUUCUAGGGAGAAAGAUGAAAAUUACAAACAGAGCAGCCAAGAAUGCAGUGAUCCACGUGCCAGGCCAUCCAGGAGGGAAAAUAUCUCCGGUCCCCUAUGAAGACAUUAAGACAAAGCUCAACUCUCCAUGGCGGACUCACAUCCGAGUCCACAAAAAGAACAUGCCAAGGGCCAAGAGUCACCUGGGCUGCGGAGACACCAUAGGGCUGAUAGAAGAACAGAGUGAAGGCUGUAAGGCCAGUGGCCUGGGGGCAGCCGAGGAGUUUCCCUCCAGUUGUGCAGUAACAGCUCACAGUGAAGGCAGCAGCGGUGAUGGUGACGGGGGCGGUGGCACUCCGAGGACAAUCGAAGGGCAGUCUCCGGAGCCAGUAUUUGGGGAUGCUGACGUUGAUGUGGCUGCAGUUCAGGUGAAAUUAGAAGCCUUGGAACUGAACCAAAGGGAUGCCACGGUAGAAACUGAGCCCAAGGUGCACUUCCCUUGCCAGCGGCAUACUUCAGAGUUAGCCGAUGCCCCUGGAGAAAACCAGACUGCCAACAAACCUCUCGCAGGAACCAACUCUAAAACCCCCAUCUUCAGUCCCUUUCCUAGUGUCAAGCCACUGCGAAAGUCAGCCACGGCCAGGAAUUUGGGGUUAUAUGGCCCCACAGAAAGAACCCCAAACAUGCACUUCCCUCAGAUGAGCAGGGGCUUCAGCAAGUCGGGCAUUGGGAACAGCAGCACCAAGAAGCGAUGACACCUCGAAGUGGCUCAGUGUCUAGACUCACAUGGCAGGGCAGCCAAAGCACUCUAGCUACACCCUUCCUGUUUCAUUUGUCCAGUAAGAAUGAACUGAGAGGUUCAGAGCUGAGCACCAUCAGCCCCAUCCAAAUGGGAAUCGGGAAUCGGAAGUUCCAUGGUGGGAACCAGAUGGGACCUUUGCCCAUCUGCUGGGUAAAGUGGAUUCUUGUGACUCAAUAAAUCUUGUGCUUCUCAAGUAUGGAGUUUCCCCAAUCUUCCUUAUGAGCUCUUUAGGAAAGACCAUCUGUAGACUGUUAAGCCCUCUUCUGGCCUUCUCAGGGCCUUUUUGGAUCCCUGAAACAACACAUUCCCUGACCUUUCUGUCCUCUGGAGGUCACUAAUACUCAAGCAUGAAGGAACACCAGCUUGCUAGAACUAAAACCGUAGAAAUUAAGUUUUUUAGUUGCAAAAAACUUCCUGAUGUUCCUCUUUCUGCUCUGUUGGGGAGGGGAGGGAGUUUGUGUGUGUAUGAGCAAGAGUGUCUGUGUGUGCUUGGGUGAGCAUGUGUGUGUAUGUGUAUGUAUAUGUGUGAGUGAGUGCACCUACACGUGGGUAUACUUUAAUACCUGUCUUCAGAUUCUUUUUUAUUUAUAUGCUAAAGCAUAGCAAAAAUGUCAAGAUAGUCGCUCUUUAACUUUCUAUUUCUACCUGAAAAAGAAAACCUUUAAAUAAGUUGAAAUUGAAGUUAAUAACCAAAUUGAAGACCAUAUGCAGAGACAUAUGUGGGCUAUGCAUAAGCAACUGCUCUGAAAGGUUUGCUGAUUUCCACCUUUCUGGAGGCUCAUUUUUUUUUCUCACAAGGACUCGAUGGGACUCCAGCAUCCUCUGAACGUGGUUCUGAUAGCUACCAGCUCUCUCUCCACUGCAGAUGCACAGCUCAAAACCAGAAUACCGCGCCAUGACUGUUACUUGAAUUUUGUGGUUUCGGGUUGCAGUACUUUGUUACUUAAACACUGCCUUUCUCUGGAGAAGGCCCUCUCCCCCCAACGGUCGUUCUGCUGUUCCGUUCCUGCCCUGGUCCCAGCAGAUCAGAGCGCAUCUCUUGUCUCUUCUAUGCAGUUGGGAACUCUGAGCCACACAGGCUAAGUGGCACUUCAGUAACUCAAGGUAAAUAAUCCAGUGUUUCACAGGAGCUAUAUUUCUUCUAGUACGAUAAGCUGGUUUAUUGCUCUUCGUCCAUGUGCACUGACUGACUACAGAGAUUGUGUGAGCCAAGACUAGGAAGCCAUUUAAUACACAGCCUCCUGAUUCAAAGGCUCACUCUCUAGCUGGUAUAGAGUCCCGGAAUGGUGUUCACAGAAUGAGUUGUGAAACUGCCUCACCAUGAAAAUUUAGUUCCUUUUCAACAUGCUUCAUGUGUCUAUCCUUUGGAUAAAUGAAGGGCUCUCCACUCCGUCUCCACCAUCAUUAGCAGAAUACAGUGGCAUCUUUACCUUCGUUCCCCAGAGCCUUUGGCAGUCCUCGAAGGAACUCUGUUGAAGCCGUCAGUGUUGGUUGGAGAGAGAGCUGCUUUGCUAUUUCUGAAACCAGAGCUGGUUUCAGAAGGUUUUUACAAUGAGAAGUACUCAUUUUUAAAAAUUAGAUAGAGUGGAGUUGUGUGGGCUCUUUUGAAUGAAAAACCACUACAGGAAUGACACAUUUAAUCCCCCACAUGGUAUUUUUACCCCAAAGGACUGGAAGAUGUAAUAGCUAAUAAGUUGUUACAGUUUGGACCUGGAGUUCUGUCUGAAGUUAGCAGGCCACUUCCUCUGCCUGUAGGGAAGGCUGUGGGGGGUUGCGUGGCCUUACUUUGCAUGCCACCCCCAGAUGAUUCGACCCACUGUUUCCCAAAGUUAAGCACAAAAAAAGAAUUUCUUUUAUCUACUAAACUUCAUUCACAAUGACCACCUCAUUAUCAUUUUUUCUCUUGAUCAUUUCAAUUAAGCAUCUCUCCCUUACACACACACACACACACACACACACACACACACACACACACACUGACUUGAAUAGAACAUGGCUCUCUCUUCACCAAGAUCCCUGGCUCCUGAGGGUCUUGGUGUUUGGAGGGAGGAGAUGGGUAAUUAGGUGGGGUUGUCUACCAACUGUUCUCUCAGGAUCUCUUCCCACUAUGUUUUGAGAAAGAGCCAGAUGAGACAGCACAGGGUACGGGCCGAGUAUUGGUUGAACGAAUAGCUGGAAGGAUAUUUUUGUGUGUGUGUGGUAAAAAUGACCAUUUCAAUUUAGGAAACCCAACAGAUUCCUGUUAAAGCUCUCUGUACUGAUAACGUGCAUGCAUUGUACCGGGUAAUCACAAUGUGAACUGAUGGAUUUCUGAGCCUUGCCACUUAGAGACCAAGGACUCUGUAAUAGCCUCCCCUCCCCCUCCCCAGCAUGUACAAAGGGGCGGUUAUGACUAGCCGUUUUCCCCACCUGUUGGACACCGUAUGCAAACACCAGAAGAACUUAAUAGCUGCAGUUUAUUUCCGAGUCUGCCUGUACCCUUUCAGCACUUUUCUGGAAGUCAACUGCACCUCAGUCCUCUCCAAAAAGAUCUAGAUCUAAACCUAGUUUGUAAUGUCGAUCUAUGGCUGUAACUGUUUGGAACAAUGUUCUCUCUCUCUUUUGUCUAGUUCUGAUCACAGAGAUAUAUGCAUAAAGAUUCUCACUGUUGUGUUGGCGGUGUCAUUUCCUGUCUGAGGGUGUGCAGGAAGCACAGCGUUCCUUCCUCCUCCUCAUUUCUCAGCGCUCUCUCCUGAUUCCCGCUUGACCACAGGACUGAGGGAAGCUCCUUUAGGUUCCAGAGCUGUUUAUUCCUGCUCUUACCACUGGGUGCACUUGCCCAGAAGGGGGCAGAAGAACAGGCUCCUGAAUAGAAGUGGGCAGGGAGGGAGAGAUCAUACAUAUGUGGUGUACAUAUAAGUUGACCGUUAGACCUACUCUUUUACUUUGUUUACUAAAAGAAAACAAUAAUAUAAA